AUGAACAAGACUAUCGGGGUGUACUCCACCGAGAUCCGAGCCAACAAGGCGGAUGCCAGCAAGACGUGGGUCGAGCGGUAUGACAUCUUCACAGCUGGCAAGCAGACAACUUUCAGGAUCGAGGCUCUAGAUAAGUACUCAAACCGCCUGACCAAGGGAGGAGACAACUUCCAGGUGAAGCUGCUGGGGAGCUACGGGAGGAACUACGACGGGUCAAUCAGGGACCUUGGCAACGGCUCUUACUUCGCCUCCUUCAACGUGUCUGUGACCGGCAACUUCUCACUCUUCCUAACGCUCGGGCUAGAAACGGGCCUCGCACUUGAUAACUUCGACGGCACUUACACGCUGACCGUCCCGGCUGUUCCGACAGUAGGGCAGCACUGGCUGGAAGUGACGCGAGGAGGGGCGCAUAUCCUUGGCAGCCCCUACGCUGUGAUGAUCUACCCCGGCAGCAUCAACCUGUACACCAGCACCAUCAACCUGGACUCGCUCAAGCAGCUCAACGUCGGUGACUCCGCCUCCUUCCUGAUCAAGUCCAAGGACCAGUUCAACAACCUGCUCACCCUGGGAGGCGAGGUCUUCGCUGCCUCCACCUCCUCCCCAGCUCAGAGAAGCUUCACGGUGGUGGAUACGAACAACGGCGAAUACAUCGGGGCCUUCAUGACUACCAUCGCGGGAUCCUACAGCCUGCGGGUGACUCUCAAC